GAUAUUACUAUAUCAAAAGAAAUAUAUCUGAAGAAAAAAAUCAGUAUAAUCAGGUUCUACUAUAGUAGACUGUACAUUGAAUUCGUAGUGUUGUAGUAGAAAACAGGUAGUAAAAUCAGCUGAAGUAGACAUAUCUGGUAGUAACCUGCAGAUCUAUCCAAAAUGUCGACUGAAAAGCCAACCAUCCUUUUCGUGCCUGGAGCAUGGCACUUUCCUGACAGCUUUGAUGUUGUGAGAGAAUUACUUAAGCCAUUAAGUUAUCCAACUGAAGCUGUGGCGCUGCCAUCCAUUGGAACCGAGCCCCCAAAUAAAGACCUAUCUGACGAUGCUGCUCAUACCCGGGCUGCCAUUCAGAAGCUGGUCGAGGCAGGAAAGAAAGUCGUCCUCGUUACUCACUCAUAUGGAGGGGUCGUUGGAUCUUGUGCUGUCGAAGACCUGGGCUUUUCUCAGAGGAAGAGUGAUGGGAAGGAAGGCGGGGUUAUCAACUUUGUGUACUUGAGUGCAUUUGCGCUGCCGAAGGGCGUCAGUCUUCUUGAUGCUCUCGGAGGUAGCCCGCUUCCUUGGAUGAACUUCAAGGGCGACUAUUGCUAUGCCGACACUCCAGGGGAUAUUUUCUACCACGACCUAUCAUCGGAAGACCAACAGAAAUGGAUCGCGCAACUCUCACAUAUCUCCUCUGCCGUCUUUAGUGGCAAAUCAACGCACGAGCCUUGGAACCAUAUGCCAUGCACUUACAUAUUCUGCGAGGACGAUAAGGCAAUUCCCCUUCCAGUGCAGCAAGGCAUUGCAGCGUCUAUGGGAAGUAAUAUCACGACUUUCAGCAUUGCCGCUUCGCACUCGCCAUUUUUGAGCACCCCUGACAAGGUGGUGGAGGGUAUUGAGUUGGCUGCGAAGCUUGGUUUGGAGAAGAGCCAGUAGAUUGCAGUUUCAGGACUUCAUGAUACUGGUGGUAUAUAGAGAUACGGAAGCAGAGGAACCAGACUGGGAAUUGUACGCACACCUGUGUAUAUAUCGUUCAUGGCAGACUAAAAUCGGAAAACUGACAUGAUUGGCCAAUUUAUUUGAGAACUCGCGACUUCCAUCACAAAUAGCCGAACUGUUAAUCACAACAUAGCAGAGUUGGAAUCCUCUCAGCAGGCAAGCGUCGGUAGACAGCGGGCAAAACAUCAUGAUUUGGGGGGCAAAAUAGCUGGGUAAUCUCCCUUUAGGAGCCUUCAUUUAUUCCUUCAACAGUUGAUCGAAUUCAAAGCUACGAGCUAUUAUCACCCACAAGAACAGAAAUCAAAACUCGAGGUCUGGCCCUUGAUUCAAUAUGCUGUACUGUAUCAGUUGAUUGAAGUCCGUUUUGCUUCCUAAUUGUUUCCUGUACCUGACAUUAGCGAAUCCCCGCCCCAAGUGGGAUGCUUUCAAUCUGAACCAAUGUAAACAAGGCCAGCGGCACGAUGCCAAAUUUUACUUACUAGAAUAUUUCACUCCCAGUCAUGUACCAGAUGUCUGAUAUUAAAAUAUUAAAUAUCUACCA